AUGAGCGACGAUCAUGGUGGCACACUGGAAGCAGAACUGGAAACUCAGGAUCCCAAGGCGCCCGACGCGGGAUCGGACGAUGAGGAGGACGAGGAGGAUGCGGGAGGGGUGUCGGACGGGCAGCAGGAGGGUUCUGGCGGCGAGUCCAAAGAGGGAGGAGGGGAGACGGCGAACGGAACGGGGAAAAAGAAGAAGAAAAAGCAGAAAAAGCGCAAGAAGAAGGGCGCGGGUGGGGGAUCCAGUGACAGCGCCUCCUCGGGUUCCGCCUCCCCAGGCGCUUCUCCGCCCACCUCCCCUUCCGCCAAUUCCGCGCCCUCCGCUUCGUUCCCCCCAUCGUCGUCUGCGGAUGCGCCCCUGUGCCAGCCGGACCUGGAUGACAUGCUUCCGGUUGAGGUGGCGGAAAAGAGGUUUGCGGCAGCGCUGGAGUCGAUGCGCAGCAAGGCGGAUCUGUGCAUGUGGGUGCAGCUAGCGCGGUGCCGUGUGGGCGACAAGAAGCUGCGCCGCCUCACAGACGCGCUCAUCCACUGCGAGACAGUCACCUCUGUGGACUUAUCAGAGAACCUUAUAUCGGAUGCAGGCCUGCGCCAGCUCGCCUGCGCGCUCUCCGCCCCAAGCGCCGCCCCGGAUUUGAUUUCCCUGAACGUAAAGCGCAAUCCGAUUUCGGCUUCCGGGCGGGCGUGUCUGGCGAAUCUGCAGGCUGUGAGGAAGCUAGUGAGGGUGAGUGGGGGUGGUGGGUGGGGGCACGGGGCUGUCCGUGAGUACGAGGAGAGCCCGCCUCCAGCAGCACAGGAGAAGAAGGGCGCGCAGGGAGGCAAGGGGCAGGGCAUGGCGGACCCACGUGGCUUUGAAAGCGGGGAGCGGAUGGGGGGGGGGUUGGCCAGCAAGGCGAGCAACCCACAGAUCCGGAUUGACGCGGCCGUCCGGUUCAUCAGGGAAGCAUCCGAGAAGCUGCAGCAGAUGGCACCUGAGGGCAGCAGCAGGCGGAGCAUAGCGACACGGGUGUUUGAUUCGAGCAUGAUGACGGAGGCACUGGAGGACGUGGUGGAGCUCGUGGAUGCUGACCUGCGCCGCAACCCCUCAAAGUCCUACCACAACUCGCCCAUCAACAAGCUUCCCUUACCGCUGCGGCUGGUGGUGGAAAGUCUACCGACGUUCGCCUCCCUGCUGGAGCUACCCAUACCGCCCCAGCAGUGCCAGCGCAAGCUGGCAGAGCCAGCAGCGGGGCGGCACCGCAUCCUGGCGGUGCUGCUGCUGCGCAAGGUGCUGGGGGCGUGUGGGCGCGUGGUGGAUGACCGGCUGGCACGGGAGGACUUGGGGCGCAAGGUGGCGGCGCUGCUGUUUGACUUCCCCUGGAGCAACGUGCUGCACCACGGGGUGCUGGGGGCGUGCAGGCGCGUGGUGGAUGAUAGGCUGGCAAGGGAGGGCGUGGGGAGGAAGGUGGCGGCGCUGCUGUUUGACUUCCCCUGGAGCAACGUGCUGCACCAUGGCGUGUGCUGCUUCCUCAUGGUACGUGCUGCUUCCUCAUGGUACGUGCUGCUUCCUCAUGGUAUGUGCUGCUUCCUCAUGGUACGUGCUGCUUCCUCAUGGUACGUGCUGCUUCCUCAUGGUACGUGCUGCAUCCUCAUGGUACGUGCUGCUUCCUCAUGGUACGUGCUGCUUCCUCAUGCACCUGCCCUGUCUUCACUCCUCCAAACCAAGCGCCUUGCCAUUCUUCGUUCAUCAGUGCUUCUCUCACAAUCCCAGAUCGUUCCGCUCUUCCCCCAUCCGCCCCUCCAUGGUGCGUCCAUUCGCCAGUCCGCCCUGGAGCGUCCCAACUCAUCCCUCUCCUCGUCUCUCCUUGACCCUCCUCUUUCCGAUGACUCCUCCUCCUCCACAUCAUCCACCAUCACUGCUCUCUCCUCGUCGCCGGCUCUGCCCUCCUCCUCUCCACCUGCUGCCACGACCAGUGCCACCACCACCACCGACAGCACCACUGCUGCUCAUGCUGCUGCAGUUUCCGAAUCUGCUGCUGCGUCUGCUGCUGCUGCUGCAGAGUCUGCCUCUUCCGAUCCCCCCUCCACCUCCCCUGAUACUCCGCCCACAAGUGCAGGGGGGGACGAGGGGGCAGUGAGGAAGGCCCGGGGGAGCGGGCAGGGGGAGGGGGAGGCGGACCCCCGUCCCCAGGUGGAUGUAGAGCCAGAGGCCAAGCGUGGGCGCGUGAAUGGGGAGAAGGGGGAAGCAGGAGGGAAGGGGGGAGCAGAAGAGGAAGGGACAAAUAAGGUAGCAGAGGUGACGGGUGGUGGGGCGGAGGAGGGUGGUAGUGGGACUGUUGAUAGCGAGGCUGUUAGUAAUGAGGUGGAGACGGUGGAGAGGGAGGGCCCAGGAGAGGAAGAGAAGGGGGCAGAAGAUAAGGGCCAAAACGAGGACAAGGGGAAGGGGGAUAAACGGGAGGAAGGGGAGGGGAAUAGCAAGGGGGAGGGUGAAGGGGAGAAGCAGGCAGCAGCGUCAGCAGCGGCAUCAGAUCCAACAGGCAUGCAGGCCCAAUCAUUCAGCUCAUGUUUGACAUUAGGGGCAGAGCAACCACCAGUGCGCCACUGCAGGUAUGCACCCUCACUCUCAACCUCUGCACGUGUGCACCCUCACUCUCAACCACUGCGCGUGUGCACCCUCACUCUCAACCACUGCACGUGUGCACCCUCACUCUCAACCAUUGCACGUGUGCACACCUCUCACUCUGCACAUCUCUCACUUCCCCCUCUCAUUCCCCCUCCCUUCCCCCCUCUCCCUCCCCCCUUCCGUCCCCACCCAUGGCAGGCGAAGCUAGAAAAGCUGCCAGAGUGGCAGGUGUUUGCCCAGGCAGGGGGGCAGCUGGACGAGCUGCUUUCACAGCAGCACGGUGCUCUGUGUGGGCCCAAGCCAGUGGUGCCGGGCAGUGAUGUGCCUGACAUGGGUGCAGGCAGUGGCGGGCAAAGCAUGCUGUUUGGGGAGCCCGACCUGCCACCCUCUUUUCCACUACGCGCGUCCGCCAUGGAUUUCCACCUUGAGACAACAGAUAGCCAGCAAAUUCUCGGAAGCAGCGUUUUGCUCUCACGCGCUGCUUCCGAGCCCUGUUCUUCCGCCAGAUAUCGCGCCGAGGAUCCCGGUGGACCGCCGUAUAAAACUCGCCGUAUCCGCUCAGGAGCAAUAGCACCAGCAGCCGACAGUCCCAUGGCGGCAGCGUCAGUGGCGGCGCCGCAAGAGCCGGCGGUGAUGGCGGUCCGAAUCAACCGGCCGGACCUGCAGUCUUUGACGGACGUCGUUAACGCUGACGGCCACGCGUGGCUGAAGUACGGCGAGAAGCGCAUUAGCAAGAACACUGUCAUGAGGGCGAGUGCCAGAUCGAGCGACAGUGCGAGCGACAGGGCGAGCGAGAGGGCGAGCACGGCUGCCUACAUGGUGAUGGGGCUUGGCGAGAGUGAAGCACUGCGGGGGAAUGUGGAGGAGGAGAGCCGGCACGUCACAGACAUGGCGAUGACAGGAGGGGCGGCACGCGCUGGCUCCACUCACACGAGUGCCGGCGCUGCUUUCUGUGGCGCCGGUGCUGCUGCCUGCUUCCCUGUGCUCGCCGCGAUGCUCCCUGCUGCAGCAAACGCCACGGAGAACAUCGCAGCGACUGCUGAUCCGUGGAGUGGCAACAACAGGGUGGCAGUGAGCGCGCGAGUAUCGGAGCUGCAUACAACGAGGAUGGGCAGUCUAGUUCGAGCAGACGGCUUGGCGUGGGGCGGCCACGGAGGAGGAGAGCAGGGGGGCGUGCGGGAACAUGCAGACGGUGCUGCCCCCGCUGCUGCUGCUGCCAUGGCUGCCGGUCCAGCCCGUGCCCGCAUCAGUGCAUGUGCUCAAGGAACUUUUCUCAUGAGCCGGCGCUGCUGCAAGCAGGAGGAGCAGGGGGAGGAUGAGAAAGGGGAGGGGGAGCACCUGUCGCUGGACCUCUCACUCAGCGCCCCUGGGACGUGUCAGGGCCAAGAGACGGUCGGGCGUGCUGCAUGCGCGAGGGACAUCAAGGCAUGGGGGAGAGAGGAGCCUGUGGCUGGCACUACCGGACAAGCGGCCCUUGCACCACAUAGUAAUCUCUCUCUUACACCUUCGCGCGCUCCCUUCCUUCCGCUUCCACCCUUCCACUCCCUUCCUUCCUCUCCCCUCCUUCCGCUCCCCUCCUUCCUCUCCCCUCCUUCCUCUCCCCUCCUUCCGCUCCCCUCCUUCCGCUCCCCUCCUUCCGCUCCCCUCCUUCCGCUCCCCUCCUUCCGCUCCCCUCCUUCCGCUCCCGUCCUUCCGCUCCCGUCCUUCCCCUUCCCUGCUUCCACUACCCGCCUUCCGCGCCCGUCGUUGCGCUCCUCACCUCCGCCCCGCUUUGCUUCUCAGCUCCCGCCCCACCUCCCCCUUACCCUGUCCGUGCCCUCCCCGUAUUCUUCCAGUGGAUCGUUCCGCCCUUUCCUCCGCCCGUUUGCGCUUGGCGCGCUGAUGGGCUCCCUGCUUGUCACCAUCUCGCUUCUCUCCGCCAAUCCCCCCCGCGCUGACCCCUCCGCGGCUGUAGCUUCCGCCAGUGGAGCGGGGGGCGCGGGGACGUUGGGGGUAGCGGGCGCAAAGGGGGAUGCAGAAAGUGGCGCAAGCUACACGGGACCCCGGGAAGGGGAGUUGUUUUUGCGCGGUGAUGUAACGAGCGGUGUGGUAACCAGCAAUGUGGUAACCAUGUCAUCGUCAGGAGGGGCUCUAGAUGCAGUUGAUUCUCUGCCGGGCCUGUCGGAGGGGUUCGGCUUGGCACUGACGGACCUGGAGCAGAGGGACCCCACGCGCCUGGCGCUCCAGCUCAGCAACCGCCAGCUGGCAGCGCUGAUCGCUGACGUGGCGCAAUGGCGGGCGAGGAGCGGUGCCAGCAUGGACCGCGUGCUGAGCGCGGCCAGGGAGGUGGGGGGUGUUGGGGGCGAGGGGCGGCCAGGGAGGGGCAACGGGGACGUGCGUGGGGGAGUAUGGGGUGGGGGAGUGUGGGGUGGGGGAGUGUGGGGCUUCUCGUUUCAUUGGAGGGUGAUGUUCUUUCCUCUUGUCUCGAUUUGCCUCUCCCCUCUCCGCCUCCUCUCUCGUCCUCUCCCCUCUCUCCGCCUCCUCUCUCGUCCUCUCCCCUCUCUCUUCUUCUCAACAGGAGCUCCGCACCCUCCUUGCUUCUCCGCCCUCCGCCAUCCAACUCGUUCCGCCCUCCUCGCUCCCCCUCCUCCUCUCCUUCCUCCGUCCCCCAACACCUCUACCCACCCCACUGCCGCCGCCCUCUCUGCUGCUCUCACCGUUCUCCUGCCCAUCUUACCUGCUUCCGUUUCCUCCCUCACUGCUGCUGCCGCUGCUGCCCCUGCUGCUGCUUCUGGGGACGCAGGAGGGGGAGAGGGAGGUGAAGGGGGAAGGAGUGGGAAGGCAGGAAGGGAAGGGGGUGUGUGGAGGGGAGGAGUGGACGGCAUGGAGAGCUGUCAGCUGUUACCCUUGACUGAGUCUCAAAGGGCAUCUCUCGCCUCUGUGUACUCGCCCAGUAGACCACCCGACUCACGCAUCAUCUGCUCUGCUCCCUCUGUGCACACGGCAGCAAGGGAGGAGUAUGACGAGUUGGUGCGCGAGAGAAGGGCGUGGGAGGUGGUGGGGUUGCAUUGGGAGUGGGUGGAGGCGCGGAGAGAGUGGAUGGGGCCUGCUCGCAGCACCAUGGAGGCACUUCAGCGCCUCAUGAGCAUGCCGCCCGGUUCAGGCAUAUUCCGCAAGCUCUUUGACUACAUAUUCUGGCUGCGCCCCUACGUUGCUCUCUUCCGCUCCAUACCCACCCCCGCACUCUCCUCCCUCUCAUCCCUCCGCCUCUCCUCCAUCCGCUCCUCCCUCUCCCUCGACGGGCGGCAAGCAGCGUCUACUCUCAAUGCUGCCCGCUCCUCCCUCCUCUCCUCCCUCCGGACUCUCUCCUCCCGCUGCGGUGUCGACGCGGGCGGGGAGUUUUGGACUGACAUGCAUGAUGCCGCCCUGCAGCGGUACCGGUGGGUGGCGGAAGCGGCGUUUGACAAGUGGUGCGUGGAUUGGGCGGCGGUGGGCGGUGGGUAUCGGCAGCGUGCGGGGAUGGUGGUUCCUGGGGAGGUGUGGAGGAGGGAGGGAUUGCAUGGUGGGGGGAUGGAGAAGGAUAUAGAGAAGGGGUUGAGAGGGACGGGGGGGAGUGAGAGCGAACGAGACCUGGAGAGACAAGGGAAGGGAGGAGAUAAGGGGGCGGUGAGGGCAGACGAGGGCGGAGGGGGAACGGAGGGGCAAGAAACGCCAGAGGCGAACGCGAGGAGGAGGGAAGGGGAGAGAGCAAGUGUGGGGCGGAUGGGGCCACAGCCGGAGUUCUCCUUCUUGCUCCUACCUGACCCACUCUCCCCGCCACCGGCGGUGGGGAAGGGAGGGGGGUUGGAUGCGCGGGCAGUGGUGGAGGUGGUGGUGGGGUGCAUGCGGCAUGUGGGGUUCAAUGCCUCGGGCAGUGGGCUGGGCGUGCCUGCAGAGCUGCUCGUGCUGCUGGGCGUGGGGCGAGAGGGACAGCGUGGGCAGGCUAAGGGGCUGGGCGGGGUGAUGGGGCAGGGAGGAGUGGAGAAUGGGGAGGGUGGGGAGGGUGGGGAGUGGGAGCGGGUGGCGGCAUGGAGCCAGGCAGCGUGGGCAGUGGAGGAGCAACGACUCACUGUGUUGCCCGUGAUUCGAUUUUCUGGCCCGGGCGGCAAGGGGGAAGGUGCUGGUGCUGCUGACAGGGGCGAACGCAGAGGCGGUGGUGAGGAGGGCGCAGGGGGGCCUGGGGCAGGACGCUGGGAGCUGGAGUGGCACAGCGCUGCCAACCUCACAGGCCCCAGCAGCAGUGGUAGCAGCACCCCGCCCCCUUCCUCUGACCUACACGGGUGGGUGCAGGGCACACCUCUAGCCGUCCGCCGCUCUGCCCUCCUCUCCCUGGGCUCGCUUGGACCCCUGCAUGGGGGAGGGAUGGGGGGAGCAGGCGAGGGGCAGGGGGUGCGAGAAGCAGCAGCAGCAGCAGCAGCAGCAGCAGCAGCAGCAGGGUAG